AUGUGUUUGAAAUUCUCCAUCAGAUCCAAUGGAUCUCUCAGGAUGGUUCUUAUUGGGAAAACUGGAGCUGGGAAAAGUGCAGUAGGAAACACCAUCUUACUGAGGAAGGGUUUUCAUUCAUCAGUUUCUCUUUCCUCAGUAACGAAAACUUGUAAGAGAGUAACAACGAAUGUUAAAGGCCAAACACUGGAGGUUAUUGAUACUCCAGGUCUGUUUGACACCGAGCUGAGUCAAGAGCAGGUGAAGGCAGAAAUCUCUAAGUGCAUCGCAUAUGCUUCUCCUGGACCUCAUGUGUUCCUGAUCAUCCUCAAGGCAGACAGAUUCACUAAAGAAGAAGAAGAAACAGUGGAAAUCCUUCAGAAGCUGUUUGGAGAACAGGCUGCAUGUUACACCAUGACCCUGUUCACCCGUGGAGACGAUCUGGAGGAAGAAGGCGUCACCAUAGAAGAUGUCACUGGUAAAAAUCAGGUUCUCAGCAACUUCCUCAAGCAGUGCAAAGGAGGAUACCAUGUUUUUAACAACAGAAAUAAAGAUCAUGCUCAGGUCCAUGAGCUGCUGAAGAAGAUCAACACAAUGGUUGAGAAAAAUGGAGGAAGCUACUACACCAACGAGAUGUUCCAAGAGACUGAGGAAGCUGUUCAAAAAAAGAUGAAUGAGCUUCUCAAUGCUGAUCCACAGAGGGACCGGGAUGACGCAAGAUCUGAAGCAAAGGAACAUGUGGCAGCAAAUAGUGUCUUAACCCUUAUUGGAGCAGGUGUUGGAAGUGUUAUUGGAGCAGGUGUUGGAGCUGCUAUUGGAGCGCCGAUUGGGGUGGUAGUUGGUGGAGCAGUGGGACAUGCUGCUGACAAAGUGAAGAUCCUCUGA